AUGAUCAAAGUGCCCCGUGGUAUUGUGAAUCUCCUAUCCGAUACGACCCAUCCGUCAAGCGACUCGAAGGUGGCAGCUGAGCGUCUUGGGAAGCAGGCAGCGCUCUACGUGCCUUCUGGCACCAUGUCGAAUCUUAUCGCCAUCGGCGGCGGAGCUAAUGCAUACAUGGGGGUGAGCUUACAUACAUUACCCAACCAACUGGACGGAACUCUUGAUAUCAAGGACAUCACUAAUGCCAUUCGAAGCAAUGACCCACAUUAUCCACGUUCGAGACUUGUCGCGAUUGAGAAUACGCAGAAUUCGUGUGGCGGUCGUGUCUUGCCUCUCUCCUAUAUUCACGAAGUCAAGCAGUUUUGUACCGAGCACAACCUACGCCUUCAUGUUGACGGUGCACGACUGGCAAACGCAAGCGUGGCGUCGAAGACAUCAAUGGACGAAUUCGUUAGAGGUGCCGAUUCGGUCUCACUCUGUCUGAGUAAAGGGUUGGGUGCUCCCGUCGGCUCCAUCCUGGCAGGCUCAGACGAGUUUAUUCAUUACGCCACGCGACUUCGAAAGUCACUUGGUGGAGGCAUGCGGCAGGCCGGCGUCAUUGCGUCAGCGGGGCUUUACGCAUUGGAGAACCAGUUUGACCGCCUCGCUGAAGAUCAUAUUAAUGCGCAGGCCUUUGCUUACGUCAUCUCCUCUAUUCCGGGUAUCGAGAUCGACCCCAACGCUGUAAAGACAAACAUCGUCUUUUUCAGGUUGACUUUGGAUGCCAAGCUGGACGCAACGACGCUGGCACAGAAGCUUGAAGCCGAGAAAGGUUUGCUCGUCGGUGCAUAUGCAGACGAAAACCGCGUGCGCGCAGUGACCAAUCUACACAUUUCUAGUCGCGAUGUUGGCUACGCCGUAUCGUCAAUCCGCGCGCCGCUCAGCUGA